GAUCCGCUUAGGAAAUCGCGCACCGUCUCUGCUCUGGAGGUUUCUUCCUUCGGAAGGGCAGAUUCCGCUCCUCCUCGCUAAAGCCCCUCUAUUCUCUUUUCUUUCUUUUUCUUCGUUGAAAGGAAGGACAGAGAAGAGAAGGGCGUUUCUGAAUUUAAAAUAAAAUCAAUCGGAAUUGCUGAACUGAAACAUGCCUCGCGCUUCAUCCAGGAAAGGCGCCGCGAAUGCGGCUGCAUCGUGCAAUUCAUCGGCUGUGGAUCUCUUCCGUGCAGCUUCGGGUAGAUCGGCUUCCAAAGAGCUGGAGAGGAUUGAUCAACUCUUUUAUGCAUAUUAUAACAACUCCUCGGGUAUGAUUGAACCAGAAGGAAUAGAGAAUUUCUGCUCAGAUUUGGGAGUCAAUCAUACAGAUGUGCGGAUAUUAAUGCUCGCAUGGAAAAUGCAAGCAGGGAAACAAGGAUUCUUCACCCUGGAUGAGUGGCGAAGAGGUCUUAAAGCGCUGAAAGCCGACACAAUGCCUAAACUGAAGAAGGCACUUCCACACCUUGAGAGAGAGGUCAGAGGGCCAUCGAAUUUUGCGGAUUUCUAUGCCUAUGCAUUCAAAUAUUGCUUGACAGAGGAAAAGCAGAAAACAGUAGAUAUCGAAACAAUUUGUGUAUUGCUGGAUCUUGUUCUUAAAUCAGAAUAUCGGCCUCAAGUUGAUGCACUUGUUGAGUAUCUGCAGGUACAAACUGAUUACAAGGUCAUUAACAUGGAUCAGUGGUUGGGGUUCCGCCGGUUCUGCAAUGAGAUUAGCUUCCUGGAUCUCCAAAAUUAUGAUCCAGAACUUGCAUGGCCGGUGAUCCUGGACAAUUUUGUCGAAUGGUUAAGAUGCAAGCGCGGUUGAGCCCGCCGGCUCUCGCCGGAUCACUAGUUGAUGUUGUUCGUUCCAGCACAUACAUCAGUUCAGUGUCCUGUGUUUUUUAGAGCAUCCUGUCGUCCAACUCCUACAAUACUGAGGAGAUUGUUUACUAGUAUAAAUCGUGUUCGGGACUUGUAUAAUUAUGAUGUCUGGAAAGUUAAAAGCGUUUUUGAUGCUUU